CGCGCGCCGUUCUUCUUUAAACUGAACCUGCAGAGCAGCCUUCACUGCAGUGUGUCUGAUGACUUUGGCACAAACUGUUAGAAGAUGAAUUCAAACUGGGAAGCUGGACAGGUCCUCCCUCCGCUUCGUCCGUCCAGCGAGGGACGAAGAGACAGACGCAGGAAAACAGAAGAGAAGCAGCUCACAAACUAUGAUUUUCUUCAUGUUUCUGCUGCUCCUCACUCCAGACGUGCUGCUCUCCUCAACACAUGUUGCCGUGAUCUCCCCUCAGGAUCCCGUCCUGAGAAUCGGCUCUGGUUUGACGGCCUCCUGCAGGCUCAGCCCGGAGCUGGGUCUCCACGCCAGCUCCUUGUACUGGACUCUGAACGGAGUCCGCCUGCCCAGCAGCGCCUACGGCGUCGUGUCCUCCGACAUCCUGAGCGUCGAGCUGCGCGGCCUGAACGGCUCCCAGCAGAAGUCCGGAGACAACCUGAUGUGUCACGGAGCAGACGGACGGAUCCUCGCUGGUUCUUGUCUCCAUGUGGGAAUGCCUCCAGAGAAGCCGGUAAAUUUAACAUGCUGGUCCCACAACGCAAAGGACCUGAGCUGCAGGUGGAGCGUCGGUGGGCAAGGAGAGACCCACAUCCCAACCAAAUACACCCUGAAGUACAAACUGAGGUGGCAUGGGAGAGAAAACGAGUGUGAGAAUUACAGCUCAGAGAAGAAGGGUCACGCUUGUCGCAUCUUGGCAAAAAUCGCUCUCUUCACGCCGUAUGAGAUCUGGGUGGAGGCAACCAAUCAGCUGGGCUCAGCCGCCUCCGACAUCAGCUCGCUCGACGUCCUGGAUGUAGUGACAACAGACCCUCCUGCUGACGUGCGGCUGAGUCGCGUCGGCAGCCUGGACGACCAGCUGAUGGUCCGCUGGGCCAGUCCGCCCGAGCUCAAGGACUUCCUGUUUCAGGCCAAAUAUCAGAUCCGCUACAGAAUGGAGGACGGCGCUGACUGGAAGGCGGUGGAUAACAUCGGGAACCUGACGUCAUGCCGGCUGGCGGGCCUCAGGCCUGGGACCGUCUACUUUGUCCAGGUGAGGUGCAACCCGGUGGGGAUCUUUGGCUCCAGGAAACCUGGAAUCUGGAGUGACUGGAGCCACCCGGCUGCAGCCUCCACACCCAGCGGAGAGCUGCUACAAAGAGGCUCCUGUGAUCCUAAAGCCGGUGAGCAGAACUCCACCCUGCGGCGGGAACUCAAGCAGUUCUUCGGCUGGGUCCGCAAGCACGCCUCGGGCUGCAGCAGCAUGUCGAUCAAACUGUACGAUCAGUGGAGGGUGUGGCUGCAGAAAACCCACAAAACACGCAACCAGGUUCCACAAAACAAUAAUUCGUAGCCCGGGUACUCAGUGCUGCUCUGGAGUCGAACUGGUCGUCGUGGUUCCAGUUGGGUGAGAAGUCCAGGAUUUGAAGAUUUGACCCUGACUUUUUAAAAAAAGAUUUGUGAAACAGCAGAGCCGGUGGGGGGCAUCCACAAGAACACAGAUUGUCAAAGAUGUUUAUUUUUUAAGGUGAUGUUUGAAAUGUAAAUCAGGAAAGUCGAACUGUAAGUUUUGUUUUUUUUAGGCCAAAUGUUUAGUUGAUGAAUGGAUUCGUGUUUUACUAAGUAGCUGUUUGUUUGCUCUGUCUGGCUACAUGCCACACAGAAGAAGAAAAGAUACACUAUCAUUAGCAAUGCUUACAUCCGAUACGGUGCUGUGAAAAACUAUUUGCCUCCUUAUGGAUUUCUUCUGUUUUUUGUCAGAUCAUGAAACAGAUUUUAACAUCUGACAAAGAUAGCAUAAUGCAGUUUUCAAAUAUGGAGGAAACUAUCAAAACAACCUAAUUAAAUGAGUCACAAAUUAUUUGCCAAGAGACAAAUGACUUUCUCCAACAGGGUCAGGUUGCCCCUCCCCAAUAAGUCAUCACUGUGUGAAAAUAAAAAGAACUAUAAUUUUUUUUUUUUUUACUUGGAUUAUCAUUGAUCUUAACUUUUGGAGAGGUGUGCCCCAUCAACCUUUUUUUGGUUCCAUUGCAGCCAUUUGUUUCCCCUCAGGUCAGAUCUGUAAAUCCUCCUGUGGUUGAUAAACUUUAGGUAAAAUCUGUUCAUUUUAUUUUGUUUGAUAUUAAGGGGAAUUGACUGAUAUCUACAGGGGCAAUAAUGAUCUCUGUUUACUUCAAUAUUUCGGAAAACAUAUUCAGAUAUUCAAGUAAAGCAUCAGUAAUUUAAAACAUGACAAGUCUUAUUGUCGGAACCAGAAUAAUUGUUUCCAACCUUUGUAAGAGAUUAUAUUUUUGUAUCGAGUUUUAUUACUUAUGCAGUUCAUCCAGUAAAAAGUUCCAACUCAA